GAAGGCCUCCCCCUGCUCCCCGAGGGAAGGAAGCCUGGACUCCUCUCAGCUCAAGAUCGAGGAGCACAGAGCUACGAGAUGAAGGGGCUGUUCAAAUAGAUGUGUUUGUUCAGUUGUUGGAAUUGGGGAUCAUGGAUGAAGAUCGGUUAAUUGAGCAAGCCUUGGAUCAGUUUAUUAAUCGCCAUGAGCAGACGUAUGAAGAAUUUUUGAACACUUUCACUCAUCUUUUAAAAGAUCGUCAAGUGAUCAAGAACAGAACACCUGGAGCUGUUUCUUCAGGAAACAGCUUUGCCACAGGUGUGUAUCCUGGAACUCAGAGCGUCAGGAAUGAGCGCCUUUCUCCUUCUCUCCAUCCCACAGCACAUCCUCCAGAGGAAGAGCAGAUCGUGAUCGACGAAGGCCAGAAAGUUGGCAUUUCCACUCAAGGUGACCUAAAUCGGGCAGGAAAGGUGAAGGUAGACAAUUUUCUAGAUUUGGAAGAUUUUGACAUGGAUGAAGAAACUGACCACAAGUUGGGCCCAGAGUUGCUGCUGCUUCCAGGAGAGGUAGAAGAGGAGGUGCAUUUCUCAGUCUCAGGUUAUGUUCCUUCUUUUGACCAGCAUUCUUGCCCUGAACCGAAGACUUAUCCAGCAGAACAACUGGCAUACAGGCAUUUGAAGGAGGUUCCUGGGGAUGAAGUUCAGCCAUUCUCACUUGAUGAAAAUUUUGACUAUGACAGUGUGAUGCUAACCCCCAAGUUCUCUAGUGAAGAGAUGAAGACAAUUAUAGAAACGUCCAGCCAAAGUAGACUGAACCUUGACGAGGAGGCCUAAGAACCAGUAACUGAUUUACCAUUGCUGCUCCAAGAGGUGAGAGACAUGGCCACCUUAGAAAGCAGAGUUCUUUGCCCACGCCAGCUCCCUUUGGUACCUGAAUGUUGUUGCACAGAUGGCUGCAGGUUCCCUUUGUAGUGGUGCAACCUCGACAUGAAAGGCAGAGAAACUUUUGACAGCCAUCCCUCUCGACCCCACAAGAACAGCUUCCCGGAGAUAAAAGCUCCAGAUAGUGGGGGCAUUCCCACCACCGAACGCUCUCUUGUGGGAACUGAAACAGGUGUCUCAUCUGUCUCUCACUUUGAGCUGGUUCAGAGAAAGCCAGCAUUGGCUACACUUGGAGAACAUGUUAUUGUUGUUUGGAUGAAAAAAAAAACCACAUGUUAAGUGAUAC